CUGGGGGGGCCGGGGGGGCCCCUGCGCCCCGGGGAGAUGCUGCGGCUCCAGCUGCGCGACGAGGGGCCCCCCCCGGCCCCCAGCACCUACCACCUGCUGGCGGUGGCGCGGGGGCGGCUGCUGGCGGCGCAGAGCGUCCCGCGGGGGACGGUGACGGAGGUGACGCUGCCGGUGACCCCGGCCAUGGCCCCGCGGCUCCGUCUCGUCGCCUUCUUCCAGGCCCGGGGGCAGCUGGUGGCCGCCAGCUGGGGGGUGCCCGUGGCCAGCACCUGCCACGGCCAGGUGCGGGUGGGGGUGUCCCCGCGGGGGUCCCCGCUGCGCCCCCAGACGCCGCUGACGGUGACGGUGACGGUGACGCUGCCGGGGGCCCCCGCGGCCGCCCUGGCCCUGGGCGCCACCGACGGCGCCCUCCUGGAGCUGGAGCCGCGGCACCGCCUGCGCCCCCCCCGGGUGGAGGCGGGUUUUGGGGGGGCAGCGACUUGGGCUGCGGCCCCGGGGGGGGGCCCCGACGCCGAGGGGAUGUUCAGGGCGGCCGGGCUGGUGCUGGGGGGGCCCGACCCCCCCCCGGGGCCGCCCCCCGGGUGUCCCUCGCCCCCCCCCCGCCCCCGUCGCUCCCCGGGGCUGCGGGAGCUGCUGGAGACGGGGGGUGACGCGGUGGCGGGGCGCUGCUGCGGGACGGGGCGCGGGCGCUGCCGCUGCGGGUGACGUGUCCCCAACGCGCCCGGAGGGUCCCCGAGGCCGGGGGGUGUCGCGAGGCCUUUCUGCGCUGCUGCCGGCGCGCGCGGGCACGGCGCGGGGGGGCCGCGGGGGUGGCGCGAGCGCUGUUCCCGGAGCCGUGGGAUGAGCCCUGGGGGGAGGGGGAGGGGGGAGGGGGGAGGGGGAGGGGCCGGUCCCCUCCCGCAGCUUCUUCCCCGAGAGCUGGAUGUGGCGCAGCCUCGGCCCCGACAGCAGCAGGGUCACGGUGCUCCUCCCCGACUCCAUCACCACCUGGGAGAUUCAGGCCAUCGCCGUCAUCCCCGGCCACGG